AUGACUACAGUCGUCUCUGGGGUGCCCUACCUGCUCACGGACUCCUCCGGCUCGCUCUCCGGAACCGACUACAAGGACAUGUACGACCGGAUGCAUAUCGCCCUCCGACGCACCGCGCACGACAACAUCCGCACCGCGUACAUGAUCUACGACCGCCAUGACCGCACGCGCAUGAUACGCGGUGGCUGCCCGGACCCCGUCGUCGUCAUCGACUUCCCGAACGACGGGUCCGCUGGCCAGAUAUCCAUCCGGGACAGUGACUUCGUCCCCACUCAUCGUUAUCUUACGGCCGUGUCGAAUGGCCGCCGGCGGUUCGUCACCAGAGACGGCACCGAGUACUUCUGGGUGCGAGACAAUGCAAAGGACCAAUACACGUGCAUCACCAAUAGCAAUUACUCCGCUGCGUUGUACGUGAAGGAACCGAACGCGACGCAAUACGUUCUCGACAUUCAGGAAGCGUACGUUGGGCACGCUAUCGAAAUCAUUGCGACGCUGACUAUCCUCCGCCAUCUGGAAAAGCGCAACAAGUGA